AUGAAGCCAGCGCAGCUUCCCGUCCGGCUCCAGCUUGACCAUCUCCGCCUGGUCCUCUCGACCAACCCCACCUUGGUCGAGGUGCUGAAGCGCGCAGCAACGCUCAACCUGCCCCAGUGGUACGUUGCCGCCGGGGCCGUCUCGCAAACCAUCUGGAACCACGUCUCGUCGCUGCCGCCGGAAACGGGGAUCCACGAUUACGAUCUCGUCUUUUACGACGCGUCGGACCUCUCUUACGAAGCCGAGGAUGCCGCCCGCGUGCACCUCUGGUACGAAGAGCGAUUCGGCAUCGCGUGUCCGGUGCACCAGAGCGUGGAGGACGGGAUAGACUCGUGGAUGACGACCAGCGCCAUGAUUGGCGUCCGGCUGGAGCGGGAUGGUGAAUGGACCGUGUACGCGCCCAGGGGUCUUUCCGACUUUUUAACAUGA